AUGACAACGCUCUCGGAAACUCAUAUAGUCGUCGGACAGCAGGUCAUGUUCAAGCUCAGCUCGAUUCUCCUAGUCUCAAUGGCAGUCGCGACAAUUGCUGCUCAUCCACACACUCAUCGAUCUAGACGGCAUCACAGGCGCGCCUUCACCGGUGGCUCAACCGUCGUCAUCAAUGCAAGCAACGGCCAGCUGCAGGCACUGCCCAAUGCACUCACAAGCGACAGCGGAGUGGAUGGUCUAUCCGGCACUAACUCGCUCCUGUCUGGUCAGAAUCUCAAGCAGAACGUCGUCCUUGUCGAUUCGCAAGGUAAUGCAGUGCAAGCGCAAUCUGGCUCUACAACCGGAACAACCCAGACGCUCGAUUCGGCAGGCGAUCUCAUUCAGACUGACGCAAGUGGCAAUGUCCUCUCGCUGACGCCUGCUUCCUCGCUGGCCUCUGCUGGCCUGACACCCGUUCUCGUCACAAUGGACGCCAACAACAACAUCCUGCAAAUCAUCUCGAACCCUGCAGCGAGCAACAGCACUUCCGGGCUACUCGCCACCUCGCUCGGCAAUGGCGUCUCCUCCCUCGUCGGUACAGGCUCGAGCCUGUCCCAGGAAGAGUCUGCGCUCGCUCAACAAGAAGGCGCGACCUCGCAAAGUGACACUAUCCAAUCGAUAGUAGCGAAUCUGCAGACCUCUGCGAGCGUUACGAGCACGACCGCAACCGCCACUUCUGCCGCGACCGCCACACCCACAGCGACAAGCACCAGUGUCAGUGAGAUUGGUGAUCUUGUGCCAGUCACUACUUCCUCAUAG